AUGUCUAAGUCUUUUGGGAAACAAGCUGGUACAGUGCGUAAUGUUUCUACUUGGGUUUUUAAGAAGCCUAUGAGAGUUAUCAACUUUGCAGGUUCUGGAAUUGUUGUUAAGUCUGAUUUUGGUGCUCGAAGGGUUGGGAAGAAUAUGGUCGAGAGUGCUUUUAAUUGCUCUAAAGGUCUGAAUGUUGUGGGAAUGCAAGUUCAUGGGGUUUCUAUCCAAGAGGAUGUUCUUGGGAAGUUUUCUUUCAAUAUGGAGGGUCCUUUAUUUUCUAAAUCUUCUCUAGGGAAAAAUGGGCUACUUCAUGGUCAUGAACCCCAUGACAUUGGUCAAAUAGUGCUAAAUGAAGCUUUCUCUUCUGGUGUUAGCUUAACUUCUAACAAUAUGGAUCACCAUGAUGACUUUGUUGAUCCAGAGUUUGGUAUUGGUACGACUAUGGUCGUUGAACAAGCUGCCUCCACUAGUGGUGAGGCUGAGCAAUUGCAUAAUUAG